AUGGCAAAGACACGAGAGAUGAAGGGUCUGGCAGUGCUGCUUGCCCUGGGGCUGGCUGCCUGCACCGCCUUCGUUGGGCCACAGGCGCCCAGCGGACCCCAGCGGGGUGAGCUCAGCACCAUGCGCGCGGCUGGGGAGUACACGGGCUUCGUGCCGGACAUGCAGCGCCGACAGCUGAUGAACUUCGUCCUGGUGACCACCGCCGGCAUCCCCGUCUUGGUCGCUUUGGGCUGCUACCUCUGGUACUUCGUGCCUCCCGUGGCAGGUGGUGGCGGUGGUGCGCAGCUUGCGGGAGAUGUCGAUGGCAAUCCCGUGACCCUGGAGGCCUGGGUGAAGGGCCAUAAGGACAACGACCGUGAGCUGGUGCAGGGAUUGAAGGGCGAGCCCUUCUACCUGAUCUCCACCCCGGACAACAUCAAGGACUUCGCUCUCCUGUCCGUGUGCACUCACCUUGGUUGCGUCGUUCCAUGGAACAAGGCCGCCAACAAGUUCUGCUGCCCUUGCCAUGGCUCCCAGUACGACGAGAACGGCAAGGUGGUGCGUGGCCCUGCCCCACUGUCCUUGGCCUUGGCUCACACCACCACCAUUGAGGGCAAGUUGGCCUUGAGCCCAUGGACUGAGCAGGACUUCCGCACCGGCCUUGACCCUUGGUGGAAGUGAGCUCAUUUACACAUCAGAUUGGGAAGUUUCACAGUGCCUUCCGGCAGCUUAUGGGGUCGCACCUGUGUGGAGAUUUGCCACCCACCUUUUUGAACUCGUGCAAUCGCAGGCCGCGAUGCCGGGGGAAUGCCAGGUGGGCCCAAGAAUCUCCGAUUUUUCCAGGAUGGUGGAAACCCGCCCUGGCACAUUCCUGCUGGAAUCGGGACCACUUUCGCAACGCAGAAAA